UUAAAUUCAGAGGGAAAAUUCAUAUAACAAAUGAGCUCAGAAUUUAUAUAGGAUGGAACUCCAUUUACUAAAUUGUUUUAAAGAUUAGAAAAAAUUCAUAAAUCCCCAGUUUUUAAUGCCGAUUGCAUUCAUAACCAAGAUGAAAUAUAUAUAAAAGACUAGUCCCCUGAAUAAGUAUGCAAGAAAUUAGAGUUUACACCAUGCUUAAAGUCUCCCAAUUAAUUCUAACCUUACUCCCCAUUAAAUCGCCAAACGACAAAAAAAGCUAAUAUCUUUGUGAUAUCACCAGCAAGAUAAAUAAAUUUCGAUCACUCUAAGACAGAACAACGACUUGUCAAUAUUAGUUCACCGCUUAGUUCUCUUAAGGUUCCAGAUGAUCUAUUAUGUGAUGAAGAAGAAAUAUUCUCUGAUGAUUAAGAAAUUCACUCGUAAUUUAGAAGUCCCCCUAAAUCCCCUCACAGAAAAUUGGAAAGAGCCACAAAAUUGAAAUUCAUCAAUUUUGUUACUCUCAAGAAACCUCUCAAAUUUACAAGUGAUUAAGUUAACAAUAGAAAGAGAACCAGCUCAAAACGAAGAAAACCUUAGACUGAAUAGAAACCUAAAAUUAUAGUUUGUAAUUGUAAAAAAUCAAAAUGCCUAAAAUUAUAUUGUGAUUGUUUCGCUGCUGGAGUUCCAUGUGGAAAGGAUUGUAACUGUUGUUCUUGUCAUAAUAAUGAAGAUCAUGUAAAAGAAAGAGAAAAUAUUAUCAAAUAAAUUAUGGAAAGAAAUCCACAAGCAUUUAGACCAAAAGUUGAAUCUAGAAGUAAUUCUGAAGAUGAAAUUGAUCAAAAACCUAGACAUUUUAAAGGAUGUAAUUGCAAAAAGUCUAAUUGUUUAAAAAAAUAUUGCGAAUGUUAUUAAAUGGGGGUUAAGUGCUCAGAGUUAUGUAAAUGCGAUGAAUGCAAAAAUUGCGAAAUGCCUGUAAAAAAAGAAUCAAGAAAAAGAGUCAAACAUACACAUUCAAGUUUUAAAAAUACAGAAAUGUAUUGAUUCAAUUUCUUUUAUUUUUUGUUUUUUUCA